AAUGAUAAACAACAAAGCCCCUCAUUUAUGCGGUUCCAGCUACCCCUGUUUGACUUUAAACCACCACUGAACCAACAACUUAUAAAAUGAGACCCCUCUUUCCACCAACGGAUCAUUUCAUUCUGAUGUAUUCACUUCAGCUUCACAACAGUAUUGUAUGCAUCUGACUUGUGCUCUAACUCACAAAUACCUUCCACAUCUUGCAAAAAUACAGUCCUUAACAGGCGCAACAUCGAAUUCAUCAAAUCAAACAAGACAAUCAAACAGCUGAUCAUUUAUCAUGGCUACUGCGGAAACCGUCCAACUUGGUCCAAUACAUGCACCAAAAGAAGACAGCAUCAUCGCCUUCAACAAGAUCGAAAUCGAACUCAAGAAAAAGCUUCAACAUCUCCGUCACGAAACGAAUAGUUCGUCCUCUCCCCUCUCCUCUAGCCACAAUUCUAACCACAACUCUGAAACUAACCAUUAACCCACCUUGCAGAACACGAACCUCAAUAUUUCGCCCCUAUAUCCCACAUCUCAGACCACACCCUCACCUCUUUCGACUCCUCCUCCCUAAAGUACGUCCGCGUAGCUAACAGCGCCUAUGGAUUGCACCUCCUAGGCAAAGUCCUCGUUCCCGAAACAGAAGACAAAUAUUUCAUGUUCCGUGCUUUUAUUCCUGGAGAUUCUGAUACCGCAAAGCUUCAUUGUAUUCAUAUGGAGGAGAAGGACGUUGGAGGCGAGGAGGGAAAGAUGUUUAGGGCUAUUUUCGAGGAGAAUGACGAAUUGGAUUGGUUUGAUGAGUAGAGACAGGAGAUGGAUGAUAUUGACACGUUUGGAUUAAGGAUUAUUAUGGAUAAGGGGUUUAUGGACCUACAAUGAACAACAAUAAUCGAGACAAUCAAGGUGUAGAGGUUCUAUUUCUGCGAACCUCCUUCCGAGGUUUUAUUUGAGAUUAGGAUGUUUCACUCAAUCACCACGCUUCUUCUAAU